AUGGAUUAUGGAUGCGAACACACAAAGGAGAAGAAGGGAACCCUGGACAAAUGGCAGUUGGUUACGGUGCCAAUUCGGUGGAGGGGCCCUCGAAACCGUUGCCAGAUAUGGCAACAGAGGGGAUCAACAGCAGAAUCAGCUAGGGGUGUAAAGAGGUGGGACACCGGUUUCACCAUCGGUCUUAGAGAAGACCGGAGCAUGUUUCACCGCUGUUACGCCAUUAGACACUUCUACCCCCGAGCGUAUAGCUCUACCGAAUCCACUCGGGAUAGCCAAUUAAGACAAGCUAAAGGCCUCCUCGUCAGACGUCACUCCGGCCGGCCAUCUUAG